GAGCAACAGGCUGGCUGACGCUCUGAGCCGGGCCACUCUUUGCUCUGAGGCUACUUGUGAAAAGUCUCGCCAGGAUGGGAACUCUGCUGCUUCGAGGCGUCCUCCGCUCCCAGACACACCCCUGGGCGCCCCCAGCGCAAGGGCACGCUCGCAGGGACUAACUAACGACCAUGGGAAGACAACAAGCCCGUCUCUGAGGAGCGCACAGCUUCUUCUGGUUUUUUUUUUUAGUUCUGUAGGGAAAAAGUCAAAGGAAUACCAGACAGAAAAUAAUGACAACUGGAUAAGGGAUAAACCACCGGCAAGAUGAACCCCUCCUCUCUGGACUGGUCCAUUCAGAGCGCGCUGUCGUCGCUCUUCCCGCCCUUCGAGGCCACCGCUCCCACCGUACUCAGCCAGCUCUUCCGCACCAUCGACGAGCGUUUCCAGGGCGACGCGCUGCAGUGCCUGCUGGACUUCCUCAUCCCGGCCAAGCACAUCCUCGAGAGCGUGCAGCAGGCGGCCUGUGCUGCGUACUCUGAUGUGGUGUUCCGCUGCGAGGGCUGGCCACUGUGCCUGCGCGACCGCGUGGUGAUCCAGCUCGCGCCCAUCAACCCGCUGCUGCUGCGCCCCGGCGACUUCUACCUGCAGGCGGAGCCCUUCGGGGACCAGGCGGCGCGCAUCGUCCUCAAGAGCCUGCUGGCGCAGGGCGAGGAGCUGCUGCUGGAGCAGGCGGGCCUGGGCUCGCACGCCGAGGCCCUGGGGGUGGAGGAGACGCCCAUCCUGGAGACGUCCUACCCGUGCAUCUUCACCGAGGCCUGGCUGCGGGAGAUCAACGAGGGGAGGCAUGGCGCGCCGCUUCGCACCUGCGUGCUGUCGUCCGACCAGGGCGUGGUGAAGGUGCCCUGGGCCGAGAUUGCCAAGCCCGAGUUCCUGGACCGUCCGAAGAGCCGGGUGCUAAGUGCGAGCGUGUCGUCCGCGGGCGUGUCUGCGGGUCUGCAGGACGUCCAGAUGGAGGCCUCCGCUCCCCCGCUGCCGGGGGCCCAGUCGUCCGUCCAGUCCGAGCUCUCGUCGCUCACCAUGGAGACGGUCAUCCUCCCGGCCAAAGACGGCAUCGCCGUCUCCUUGCGCCUCACCGGCGGCAACAACUCCAAACCCGUCAAAGUGGACCAUGGCACGGCCGUCAACAACCCGUCCGGUAAGCCGGUGGGCUGGGUGUCCCCCAACACGUGGGACACCCGGCACAAGUGGGAGAUGGAGGGUGAGUAUGUGGACCUGGUGGAGUUCAACAAGGAGAAGGAGGCCCUGGCUCUCAGCAAGCCCACCCCGCCCAAGGGCCUCCCCCUGCAGGGCCUCAGGCCAGUCCGACCGGCCCCUCCAGCGCCCAAACGGGACCGUCCGCCCCAAGGGGGACCCCUAAAUCUCCCGGGGGACCUGUGUGCGGCGUACGGUAAAGGAGUACCGCUCACCCUCGACCUGGAGGCUAAGAACAGGCACCGCGAGUCGUACCUGGCCGCCUUAAUGAACCCUGUCUGUUUCGGGGGCAGUUUGGCGCCCCUGGAGGAGAGUGUGGCUGACGUAGAGGAGCCUGGCUGUGGGCCUGGGGGUCCAGCACUGACGGCUCAAGCCUGCCUGGAGGGCUGUCCCUCUCAGACCACCCCUGAGGGGGGAGAGAGCUCGCCGAAGCCCCGACCGGCAGGGCCGUCUGGGCAGCCGUGCGGCCCGGCAAACUUCGGGGGCCACCCAAAGAACACAGGGGCCUCUCCUCAGCCCCUGCUCGUGCUGCACUGCCACCAGCCAGACUCCGGCGGCGGCCGGGAAGGACUUCAAAGAGGACCCAGCGUCCAGAAAUUCCCCAAGACCCAAAUGUUACGUAAACUUGGGCAGCCGUGCAAGCCGCAGCUCGACACGCGCCCGGCCAGCCAGGGCUCCCUUGAGGCAGAGGGCCAGCAGCAGCAGCAGACCCCCCUGCUGCCCCAGGACCCAUGUCAAGCCAAACACCAUAAAGCAGCGCUUCAAAGCCAGACCCCACACCAGGCCGCAGGGCCACAAGCGGCGUCGCCCACCAAGAGCCCAGCGCUGCCGUCCCCCGCGGCGGGAGUGGAGGCCCACUGUCCAAACAGCCGCGCUAGCGCCCACGUGACGCAGAGCACCCCGGAGACCCCGGGCCAGGCGGAGGUGCCGAGGCUGUGGGGCAAGGGCCGCGCCAAGCAGCACUCGCUGUCGUCCGUGUCCGACUCGGCCCGAGAAUGCCUGCAGGCCCACAAGAUGCCCAGCAGGAGCCUGAGCGACGUCUGCCCCGAGGUCAUUCCCACCAUCCGGGUCAUUCAGAACAAGAAGACCACGGCCUUUGGUCUGGUGUCUCCAAAAAUGGACAGGAAAGCCCAGUCUAAACAGUCCAAGAAAGAUGGUUACCAGUCUGAACCGGGCACCCCUCAGGCACCGGACCGGAAGCUCCAGCCGCACCCCGCCGACCAGUCUCCCGUCGCUGGGCCCAGGUCGUCAGCGAGCCCCCUCUUCAAACCGCUCCACCCGGACAGCAUCAUUCUCCUGCCUCUGAGCCUCGCCUGCCUGCCAGGAAGUAGGGACCGUGCGGGCCGGGCGGUGUUGGAGGUGCACGGGGACAGGAAGGGCUGGACGUGCCCCCUGGUGACCUCUGUGGAGCUCUGCAAGCUGCUGCUCUACCUGCACUCCAUACCCAGGAAAGAGGUGCGGGAUUUAGGGCUGACUCUGGUCGUCGACGCCAGAAGGGUCCCUCCUCCACCUGUACUCUACAAAUCCCUGCUUAUGAUUCAGGAGCAGGCGCUGCAUGCGGUGCACGGGAUCGUAGUGUUGGUGGAUAAAGAGCUGAACCCGCGGCCAGACAGACACACGGGCCUGCAGAUGGACAUCAUCACCUCCCUGAAAGCUCUACAUAAGAUUGUUGAUGGACAGCAGCUGACCUCUGACCUGGGUGGGACUUUCCUCUACAAGCACAGCGAUUGGCUGCAUUUCCACCAGAAAAUGGCUGCCUUCAUGACUGACCUUCAAGAAGCCGCCUCACUUCUCCAGAAAGCCAUUAAGAAAUUAGACGGCGCCAGGAAGAUGGACACUGUGAAGGAUGUGAAGGCGUGUAUAGAGGAGCAGCGGAGUUCGAUGAAAGAGGUGCUAGAGGACACCAGAUUGGUCACUUUACAGAGGGAGGGAGGGGCUAUCCUUGCCCGAAUGAGGAAGGAGGAAUUUCGAUUUGCCCUGUCAGAAGACUACAGAGAUGGCAUGGAGGCUGUGCGGAGCCUGUAUAACCAGGUGGAGGAGAAGGUCCACUCGCUGGUCAUGAGGUCCAACCAGUCCCUGCAGCACCUCGACCACCUGCUCCAGCUGAGGACCAUGGAGGACAAGAUCACCUGGAUCAGGGAGUGGUUCGCCACGGAGGAGCAGUCCUGGCUGAGAGAGGUCAGCCCCGCGGAGGACCGUCUGGACGCUGUGGAACAGAGGCUCCAGCACCUCACGUCCUCCCUCAAUAAGGCCAAGGAGUGGAAGGCGGAAGCAGAAGGGCUGGCACAAGAAGCCGACAAGAUCCACAGGGCCUCCUACCCGGAAGCCGAGGUGUUCCACGCGAUGGUUACUACUCUCAACGCCGACCUGGCCGAGAGACUGUCGCGGGCCGAGCAGACCCAGGCCACGCUGGACACAACAGCCCGUCUGUACCGGUUCUGCGAACAGGCCAUGGCUCUGGCGAAGGAGUGCGAGCAGUGUCUGGAGCAGGUGGGGAGCGGGUGCUACCCACACAGGGCCAACGCGGGCGCCCUGAGGGCCUUCGACGAGCGCUUCCGGAGCUUUUCCGCCGAGCGCUUCCAGGAGGCCAAGGCCGACGCGCUGGCUCUGGGAGGCCCGGUGGGGAUGAGGAUGUGGGCGGCGGCCUGGGCUCACUGCCAGGACGUCGGCGGGAGGCUGCAGGGGAGGCUGAAGGCCUCGGACGAGGGCCCGGCGCAGCCCAGAGGAGCCGAGGGACCCGGGGCGGCCGAGGCCGCGUCUCCGCCGCGCAGUCCGAGCGCGCCGGCGGCGCCGCCACUCGCGGCCUCGGACACUCCCACCCUCGAGUACAAAGAGUGCGACCGCAGAGGCUCCUCCUGGACGGGCUCGGCCGAGAGCCGAGACAGCCGCGCCAGGCAGAGCGAGGAGGCCACGGUCACCUGUUUCAACCUCCACUUCAAACCCGAGGGGAAGGGGAAGAGAGGGGCCAACGGGCCUGCUGUGGCCCCCAAACCAAGCAACCACCUCAAGGCUCCUCAGCCCCCCGUAAGCACAGAGACGCCGGCCCACCCUCCCCAACAGAGUCCGACACAGAGCGCUGAGGUGCAGAACACGGCGCCGGUGGCCCCCUCCAGCCCAACCAAAGCAUCCGCCGAUCUCGUGGCGCUCCAAAACGAAACGGAGCAAAAGAGUUCGAGUCCUCCGCUGCCCUCUGCCACAAAGACUCAAGGUCACGCUGCCCAGUGCUCGUCAGGCGGAGCGUCCACUAGCGCCCCCCCGGUCACCAGCAGGUGGUGGAGGGGUUCCCGGGAGCAGCACAGCCACAGCGAGGACGACCUGCGGAGGAUGGAGGAGCCGGCCGAGCGGCCGCCGUGCCACCGCGCCCUGGGCCGCUCGCACAGCGAGGGCUCGUGCGUGAGCGCCGCUCGCUCCUCGCGCCACACGGGCUCCAUGUCCAAUUGCGCCGUGUUCGGCAGCCAAACAGGCUCCAAUUCUACAGCCUCCUCCCACCACCACCACCACCACCUCAGCCACUCGUCCCAGCUGACCCCACACAGACCCCGCCGGGGCUCCGAGGAGCAGAGGCUCUGGCCGGAGGGACACCUCCAUCUCCACCCUCACCUCCAUCUCCACCCCCACAUGGAGACUCAGGCCUCCUCAGAUCCAGCCACAGAGGCCGGCUGCAGACUGCAGAGUCCCAGGACUGCUGGGACAUCGACGGCCGAGGAGAGCAGCAACAUCCUGAAGCUGCAGCGCAUCAUGGAGGAGCUGCUGGUGACGGAGCGCGAGUACGUGCGGGCGCUGGCCUACGUGACGGAGCACUACUUCCCCCAGCUGGAGCGCGCCGACGUGCCCCAGGACCUGCGCGGCCAGCGCGGCUCCAUCUUCGGCAACCUGGAGAAGCUGCGCGACUUCCACCAGCACCACUUCCUGCAGGAGCUGGAGCUGUGCCUGCGCGAGCCCUUCCGUGUCGGACGCUGCUUCCUCAAGCAUAAAGAGAACUUCAGCCUCUACGCGCUGUACAGCAAGAACAAACCCCGCUCAGACAAUCUUCUGAAGCACCACGGCCAUUUCUUCAAGCAGAAGCAGCUGGAGCUGGGAGAUAAGAUGGACCUGUCGUCGUAUCUGCUGAAGCCGGUGCAGCGCAUCAGCAAGUACGGCCUGCUCCUGCAGGACGUGGUGCGCGAGGGCGGCGGCGGCGGCGGUGGUGCGGGGCCCGCCCGGGGACACCAGCGCUCCGAGGUGCAGGCGGCGCUCGAGGUCAUCCAGUUCCAGCUUCGCCAUGGCAACAACCUCCUGGCCAUGGACGAUAUCCAAGACUGUGAUGUCAAUCUGAAGGAGCAGGGCCAGCUGAUUCGUCAGGAUGAGUUCCUGGUCUCCUUCCGGAAGAAGAAGUGCUACCGCCACAUCUUCCUCUUCCAGGACCUCAUCCUCUUCAGUAAGACCAAGAAAACCGAGGUCGGAAACGACGUCUACAUUUACAAACAGUCCUUCAAGACAUCAGACAUUGGCAUGACCCACAACUGUGGCGACAGCGGCCUGUGCUUUGAGAUCUGGUUCCGGAGGAGGAAGUCUCAGGAGACGUACGUCCUGCAGGCGGCCAGCGCGGAGCUGAAGGAGGGCUGGACCAGGGACCUGGAGCGCAUCCUCUGGGAGCAGGCCAUCCACAACCGAGAAAUCCGAAUGCAAGAGAGGGUGUUCAUGGGCAUCGGUUACAAGCCUUUCAUGGACAUUCAGCCCAGCGAAGCGGCAAUCAGUGACCGAGCCAUCAACUGUGCCCUCAGUGGAAGAGAAUGCAAAGCUGCUGGCCAUGGGUUGUCUGGAAGGUUCCCCGCCCUCAGGCCCAACUCCGUCAGAAGGACGUCCUCCUCUGGCAGCCACUCGUCCUCCUCCUCGUCCUCCUCUGGUCGGGGGUCCAUGUCCCCUGUCGGGGGUUAUCUCUGCCCCAUCAACAGUGCGCCAGUGGUGGGCCUCGCUGGUCUCUCCCUGUCCCCUGCUGGGGUGCUGGAGGAGGAUGACCUGGACCAGGAGCAGAGGAACCAUCAUAUUCUGGUGGAUAGCUCCGAGUCGUCUGGGGAGAGCGUGAGCGGCUUCAGCAGCUCCGGCCGCAGCUGCCUGUCUGUGAUUGGUGGCGAGGUGGAGGAGUCGUCCUCCGAGGGAUCUGUCCAGUGCACCAAGGGCUCGGCAGUGCAGAAGGGGCCCCUGGAGCCCACAGAGCAGCCCGCCCUCUCCUCCACACCCGCCACUCACACAAGGGAUCAACCACUCAGUAAGGUUAAAGAAGUGAACAUUAUAGGCAAAUCCACUGAAGUGUAACUUGCAGGCAUGCAUCAGACACAUUCCACAUCAGAAGCAGCCCGGGUGAUUGCCUGAAUGAAACUGUAGCAGAGGCAGUAAAAAGGGGAUGGACUAUUUCUCAACAGGGGGGAGAUCUUUUUGCCACUGCCAAAGUCAGAAGAGGCCAAACAGUGACUGCUACCAACUUGUGCUUUUGUGUGUUUAUUAUAAUACGGUAAUCUCUCCUCUCAUGGAGGUUUUCGUGAAGCAUAUGCCUGAGGACCUCACACUGAGGAUAGAACACAGUGCAGUUUCCUAAGAACAAUGCACAGGAAGCACAUUGAAAUGUACUGCAGGUUAUUUCACAUGUUUCAGGUCUGCAAGGCAAUUUCAGAAAUUGUUCACAAUAUUGUUGUUAUGCCAUAAAUAUGAAUGAAUUGUUUAUACUUGGGACUUCCUGUGGACAUCUAAGCUUAAUUUAGCGCUGGACUAACUAAUAUUAUGUCUAUAUGUGUGUGUAUGUGUGUGUGUGUGUGUGUGUGUGUGUGUGUGUGUGUGUGUGUGUGUGUGUGUGUGUGUGUGUGUGUGUGUGUGUGUGUGUGUGUGAGUGUGUAUGUGUACAUAUACAGUAUAUGUGUUGGUUUUGCUGUGUAAGAUUCUCAAUAUUUUACAUUACAUUGCAGUCUAUAUCUACAUUCACCAGUGAGAGAAAUGGUCUGACACUGUCAUUUUGAGUCAUUUUGCAUUCAUUUUUAAGUUGUCAUACCGUUUUCUCUGUCGUCAUAAACACUUAACACACACACACACGCUUCAUGCCGUUAUGGCUGGCUGUGCCAGUCUCUCUCAUUUUAACUACAUUUAUGGCCAUGUAAGGAAAUGCAAUGUAUUCUAAUCUAGGCACAUCUACUGUGAUAUGUUAUGAAAACAGUAUCUAGAUUGCUAUGUUAGUAGACAUUAAAAUGUAACUCCUAAACUGCAUAAGGUAGCCGGUAACAGUCAUAAACCUAUAUGUAUGCACUCAAAUAGCUCCCUUGCUUCUUGUUAAGAAUACUUCAGAAUUAUCUGAUGUACAGUAGGGAGAAACACUAUUCAUUUCUGGGAAGAGAUUCUGUAUUUUUUCCCUCCACAUAAGGUGCUGUUAACUUUUAUAAUGUUGUGUUUAAUGAUGUCUAUUGUAUUUAUUCAUUUUAUUUUUCCUCGUCCGUGUAUUCAAAGGAUGUCCUUCAGGACCAUUGUUAAGUUAGCAUAAGAAUGCUACGCAGGCGACUGUUUUCAGUAACAUCUGCUUUGUUAAAUAAAGUGGCUUUGAG